AUGUUUCAACAAUCUACAGAUGCUUUAAAAAAGUUUUCUAAACGCCUUCAUGCAAUCAAUACCCGUUUCUCAGCGGAUGAUGUUACAUCUCUUGCAAUUUUUGUCGACAUGGUUAAGAGUCAUUCUCCGGAUGAUCUCAUCGAGUUUAUUCACGAGCCAGAUCGUAUGAUUUUCUAUUACGCCCCAUUCGAAGCAAAUGCUUUUUCACAUCAAAUACAAACUUAUCACAUUGAUUCCACUUAUAAGCUCUUGCGCUCUCGCAUACCAUUUUAUGCCGUCACUGGCAAAUUCGCGGAAUCAAUUAUUUUUCCGUUUUUGUAUUUUUUCGUUUGGCCCGACACAAGUGAAAAUAUACAAGUUUGUCUCACAGCAUAUUUUGGCUCCAUCAAUCGCGAACCAUCUUAUUUUGCAAUGGACUGCGCACCUCAAAUCACAAAUGCUGUUGAAACAGCCAUCCCCUUAUGCCAGAUCAUUUGGUGUGGCGUUCAUGUGUUGCGCGCUGUCAUGAGAAAGGCUGAAAAGUUUCAAGAUCGUUCCAACUUCGAAACUUUCUAUAACUUAAUGAAGUUAUUGGUCUUUGGUUCUGAAGAGGAAGAAAUUGAUCCUGAUGAA